CAUUCCACGCACAUUCGGAAGGGAGAGGAUACAAAAAUUACGAAUACGCGAUUUUUUUUUCUUGCCUUCCUCAAAAAUGAACACAGAACUUGCUGCACAAAUCAAAGAUGACAAUACAUUGUUGAUUGAAGAUGUUGAAGAUGGAGAAAGCACUAUUCUUGGGCCAGAACCCUUACAGAACCCUCCUCAGUCACCUCCAUUACUUCCUCCUCCGUAUUCCAAGGCAAGAGAGAAAACAGACCUACAAAAUCGUACAACUCCWGGGAAACCCAAGGAAUUGCCUCCUAUAAAGACUGUGCACAGCAAAUCGUUAUCYCCUUAUAAUUCUUCAAUGAUGCCUUUGGUUCUUGAAAGGAUGAAAGUCUUAAGAGACGCGUUAAAGAUAGUGGAGGAAAAACAAAGGAAGAAUUGMGAGAGGAAACGCAAACAAAAAGUUUUUAGAGUAAACCAUCCUAUGCCGUCGUUUACAGAAGCUUACAGAGAUGUCGGCAUGGAAAGAUUGAUAAAACUAGCCAAGCCGAAGGAAUCGAAAGCCGUUUGGGCSACGAGUUUUUGGCCGGUACGAUGGGGAGACCAAACCAUGGUUUUUCCAAUGUCAAAAUCAGCUAUGAAGUUCAGUACAACGCCGAGACUAYUGGAGCUCGCGGUUGCGAAGAAGGAUUUUAGGAAAACUGAUCAUGCUGACACGAUGCCAAGYGAAGCGUUUCAGUUUGGUUGUGGUCGAUCUUCUGUCAUCCUUGAGGURAGCCCGUUAGCGAUGAAAGCCGAGGCAAGCAAAAGAGUAAUAGAAUUAGCGAAACACAAAACAGCAAUGAAGGAGUUUGAAGAACAACAAAGGACAAACUARAUAUUUAGCUGUGGUCGUAGUUCACCGAUAUGGGAUGUAAGCGAAGGUGCUAAAACCGCUGAAGAACGUGAACGAACCAUGCAACUUUCAACUCCUAAGAAACCCGAUCCACGUUACCAACCAGAACGAUCCGUAACCUGGCCUGUUUCUCAGGCCGCGAGAAGGGCGUCACCCAGCCCRCGCACGGAAAUGCUUGCACGGCCUAAAACCCGAGCAGACAGGCUACACAGGGAACCCACUUGGAGAGUUACGUCAGCAGCUAUGAGGACAGUGGCCUCUGCGAGAGUACAGGAGCUAUCAAAGCCCAAGCAAACUGCAGAGGGUUAUGAGCAUUGUAGAGAGAUAGCACAGCCGUUGCCUAGGAGUGUUCUACGUGCUAUAGCAACAGAGAGGAUCAAAAGUUUAUCUAAACCCAAUGUGCGCGAGACCAUGGACCAUGUUCAGUUCAACCCUGACGCUUUUAAAGUGAGUGAAACGGCACUCAAAGGUCGUAUACCUGACAGAAUAGCAGACCUCGCUCAGCCAUUGAAUAGAAACUAAUCCAUCAAAACCCCCUCAUUAACGGACAAAACGACCAAAAGGUUCGGACAAUGGUGAAUGCAUGCGACCAAAAAGCCUGGUUUGAUUGGGUGCAUAUAGAGAAGACAGAAAAGCAAGGAAUACCCUGGAAAAUGGCCAAUCAAAAUGAUCAGCUGAGAUGCAUGAUAAAGUAUAAUAGCCCUCUACAUUAGAACCCCCUCUAUACUGGARUACAUUGGUACCAACCAAAAUGUGUAGUUUAAUWGYUGAUUUGCAUGAUGGCGUCAUAUACUACAACUACCAGAAUGCCUUGCCUUGACUUUCUUUCAUAAAAUAAUUAGUCCCACUUGUAUUYCUAGUCUCCAAGUAGGUUAAAAAUCUUAGUAACAAAGAAAAUGCACAAGGCUUUCUGGUAUUGUUGUAGUAAGUUAUGCCAUCAUACAAAUGUCUUUCUUGGUGUGCAACCACAUGACCAGGAAUCUCCUGAGAAAUAAAGAACACCGCCAUGUUGGAUGAAUYAACAAGAGAAYRUAAUGAGGAAUGCUUUGGGAUUUGCAUCCAACAUGGCGGUGAUGACGUAYCUUGCACGCRAAGAAUUAGAGGGGCGUAUGAUAAUAUAGUACACAGAUCUCCUUAGUCACUAGAAGUAAUUUCACGAAGCCUGCAUGUUGAAAAGUAUUGCAACUAAAGUGUACCUGAAGUCAUGACAUAUAAUCUAUUCUAUUCUCACUACUCCACUUUGGAGAAUGGAAUAUAUCUAUCGUUAUAUGUUGUACACAUUGMUUAUGCAUUGGCAAACUGGAAACUACUACAAUUAUAGCGUCAUAGCACUUGCAAAUAAUCCAUAAACCUUCAGCUAGAACAAGGUUUGAAGAAAAUAAAGAAACUAAGCUGCAAGUUAGUUCAUGCAAAAGAGUUGACUUUUUAUUUCACUUCUAAAUAUUUAAGGCUCACUAUAACCUUUUGCUGACUGUCAAUUUAGCCAUACUUAAAAGUCAAGUUGCGUGUGGUGAAUUGCAUACAUAAUUUUCAUUUCUUGCUUCCUUGAAGGGUCYCUACUUUUUUAAACUUCUGAAUUUGUUACACAGAAUCAGGUGUGAAAAGCAUCCAGACUGACACUGGAUCCUUAAGCAAAUAUUAGUGACUAUAAUUAUUUUUUGGGUGUUAAUUUUACUCUUACUUCAAGGUCUGUCUGCAAUAAUCUUUAAGUAAAUAUAUUUUUCGAGUUUGUGAUAAAAUGUACAAAAAAGACUAGUUGCAAUACUAACAAAUCUUUUAUAAUUAAUAUAAAUUAAAGUGUGAAAUUAUAAGAAAAUAUUCGUAUUUUAAAUUGUACAUCAGUAAAUAUUAUUUUAAUCUAUUGCAAUGUUUUGUAUAGAUAACGAAGCCUGUACUUUGAAAGAAUAUCAAUUCAUGACUGAAUAAAAGAUUUGCCCAUCAA